AUGUCGAAGAGAGGACGUGGAGGAGCUUCUGGAGCCAAAUUCCGCAUUUCCCUUGGUCUCCCAGUCGGUGCUGUCAUGAACUGUGCCGACAACACCGGAGCUAAGAACUUGUUCGUCAUCUCCGUUUACGGAAUCCGUGGACGUCUCAACAGAUUGCCAAGUGCUGGAGUUGGAGAUAUGUUCGUGUGCUCCGUCAAGAAGGGAAAGCCAGAGCUCAGAAAGAAGGUUCUCCAAGGAGUCGUCAUCAGACAGCGCAAGCAAUUCCGCAGAAAGGACGGUACCUUCAUCUACUUCGAGGAUAACGCAGGAGUUAUUGUCAACAACAAGGGAGAAAUGAAGGGAUCCGCCAUCACCGGACCAGUCGCCAAGGAGUGCGCUGAUCUCUGGCCAAGAAUUGCUGCUAAUGCAGGAUCCAUCGCCUAA